AUGUGGCCCUUGAUUUGCCGGCUCUUCGGACGGGCAGUUCCUGCUGGCCGCCCAGUGGCUCCAGAGGGUCCAAAGUACACUACUGUUCGUCUGCAAUCGGCCGCCUUCGGAACAGAUGACCAUCGCUUGAAUAUUCUUUCUUUACCCCCUGAAGUGCACAUCCUAAUCGAAGAGGACGCGCUCCCUCUUGACCCGCUUCAACCGAGAAACGAGCAUCAUCAGCUUCAAAUCAGUGACGAUGCACAACAGAUUUUGAGAGAGCUGGAAUGUACGGAUGUAUUCAGCAUAUCAUCGCAAGAUCUGGGUGAGAUCUUGCCCGAGGGACCUUACUUCGUGAAAGGCACCAGUCUUCAUCGUACAUGGAGACUAUUUCCUGACAUCUAUGAAGCGUUCCAGCUUCCUACCAUUCAUGCAUUUCGGUCAAGCAGUCGGCCGGAAAACCGCUUAAUGGAAUGCGAUUCAGUAAAGGACAUCAUUGAUCUGGAGGGAGUCAAAACAACUGGUCAGUGUCGCGCUUAUGAGAGCUUAUACGAAUGUUCAGAUGCUACAGCGCCUGCUGUUGUCCGCCUCCUUGAGCUAGGUGCUGUCAUUGUCGGAAAGACAAAAUGCACACAGUUUGCGUCAAGUGACCAGCCUACUGCAGAUUGGGUCGAUUACCACUGUCCCUGGAAUCCUCGAGGUGAUGGAUACCUCUCUCCGAGAGGCAGCAGUACUGGCACCGGCGUUGCUCUUGCAGGCUAUGACUGGGUGCACUUCGGAAUAGGCACAGACACUGGUGGCAGUAUACGUGGUCGGGCUGCGGUUAUGGGGUUGUUUGCCAUGCGUCCAAGUAUCGAUUCUACAGAUAUGUCCCGCAUCAUCCCAAUUACACGAUCAAUGGACACUAUAGGACUCAUGUGCAGAGAUGUGGACGUAUUUCAAACGAUAUGCACAUGUCUAUACGGUGAAACAAGUCGUUCUGCGAUUUCAUUUCUUGGUAUCCAGAGAUCUAUUGUGUCUCUCGAGGAUAUGUGGGCAAAGAAGAACCCAGCCGACAGCCGCGAAACGCUAGAGGACUACCUUCAGAAUACGUUUAUGACUAUCCUCUGGAAGGGAUACUACGAGAGUUUGACACCGUUCCGCAAGGACUACGAGAAAAAGUUCGGAUAUUCUCCCUAUGUCCAUCCAACUGUUCGUUACUGCUGCAAGCGCGGCUCGCAGAUUUCAAAUGAAGAACUUGCCGUUGCAUCGGAGCGAAAGCGCAUUUAUAGUUCGUGGCUUCGCGGCACUAUUCUUGGGGAGAGUUUUAAUACCAUCAUGGUUUACCCCGUAGGAGACCCAAAGCCAUUCUACCGGGACGAGUAUCGAAAAUCUCCCGAGCAUUCGUCAGGCUACCGUUGGAAUGAACGGGAAGACCACCAAGCAAGUCUUGCGGGUGUCCCGGCCGUUGUUGUUCCAGUUGGCCAAGCACCUUUUCCUUCGAAGAUCACCGGUGAGUCCCAGCUGCUCCCUGUCCAUGUGUCUCUUAUGAGCGGUCCAAACACUGACCACGCUCUUGUCACCCUUCUACGAGAUUUCUUGCAUGCUUCAUACCUGCCGGCCAAGGUUUGUACAGGAAAACUGGCAUUUCAUGAGUGA